AUGAUGCAUCAGUUCAUGGAGAAUCAACAGCAAGUCCUUGAAGGAAUGAAGCAAUGCGCCAAAGAUAACAAAGAUCUUGGUUUCAAGUUGGAUAGCAUGUAUGAUCAUCUUUACAAGAAUAACCAGGAGCUGUAUGAGAGAUUUAUCAAUCUCUCUAAUCAUGUUAAGAUGGUGGAAGUGCAAGUUUCCCAAAUUGCAGAAGGAUCCAAGAGACAAGCCAAUGUUCUUCCGGGAAAAGUGGAGGAGAACCCUAAGUUUUGCAAGGUGAUAACAACCAAGAAGAAGAUGCGGUUUCACCAGCCCCUAGAGUUAAUCAACCUCCAAGCAUCAUGUGACAAGGCGUGA